AUAAGGAAAUAAGUCAUUUUUAUACAUCAGCAUGAAAAUAUCAUCAGAUCAGGUCCUUGAAUCUUAAUUAAGCAAACAUCUAUUUAAGAGGAAAAAAACAUUAUCCUGAAGCUUCGCUCAUUUAAACAACUUUAUUCUAGUAAUUUUAAGAAUUUCUUGUGAGAUUGCAUCUUCUUUAUUCUACUAAUAUUCUAACUAUCCUAUAAAAACUCGGUCUGGCCCUAGUAAUCCAUCGUAUUUUCAGAACAAAUCUUUUAUGUUUUGUUUUAAUAAUUUAAUUUACACAGCUAGUUUCCGUUUCUCCACCAGAGGGCAGCAGAACCGAGCGUCUUUAAAUGUGUCUGUGAGAAAGCGAGAGAAAAAACCACCAAUAGAAAGUAUGCAUGCGUGAUUGUGCAGGCAAAUGUGUGUAUUUGUGAGGUUGCCAGCCUUGUUUGUAUGCCAGUCCUGACAAAAGCUCCAUCCAGCCGUGCAGCAGAGGGCUGCUGGUUCCCAGAGACCCUCAGAGCUCCAGGACAGCCAGUCCCUCUGCAGCCCAGACCGGGAUCCGGACCUGAGCGCUCGCCGCCCUGCCCUCCACCUCCUGGAGCUCCGGUUGGAUUACCGAUGGAUGGGAAACACAGACAGGAGCGUCUGAAGUGAGACAGUCUGAGUGUUUGCAGAGGAGGAAACUUCUCAACUGGAUGUCCGAGCACACAACACAAGUUCUGCUCAGUUUGGAAAACUCAACUUCAGCUCUCAACUUUUGCAUCUGGGACCGGGAUAUUUUUAUUGGACCAAUCUUGGAGGAAGGCAGUUGGUAACUCCCAAACGCAGGCUGAUCAAUUUAUUCCAGAGAAUAAGAACCUUCUCGGAUACUCCUGGGGUUUUAUCGGAUUGUUGGUCUUCAACUUCCCAGAAACGGGCUAAAUUCAGUGGUUCUGGUUUGAGCUGGAAGUAGAUCUUUUAAACUUGUAGGUCAUGGCUCCAUCAUUUGUUAUUUUGCUCUGUCUUUACCUCCCGCUGCAGUUCAUUCAUGCAAAGACUGUUGAGCAACAGGACAAGCAACAGAGCAAUCCCCAUAAAUCCCCCAACAGCGUCCAGCUGGAGGCUCUUCACCUGAAGAGCGGGAAGCAGUUAAACCCUGCAGACGAUGCCUUCAACCCUGAACACAGCCCCCCUGUACCCGACAUGGUGGACCUGGACCGCCGGGUCCGCCUGGCCCGCGGCGCAGACGAGGAUGAGCAGCAGUCCACCUUCAGCCACUCCUUUGAGAACGAGUGGGUGACGAUGCCUCAACUCACAGAGUUCAGCAACACAACCAGGGUAGAACUGAACCGCAGAGACGAGAUCAACCUCCAGGCAAAUACCUCCAACCCCGACGACGAGGGUCCCCUCAACCCGUUUUUCCCGCUGGUGGAGAGCUCGUACGUGGCGUACGUGGUUCUGUUCCUGGCCGGCCUGGUGCUGGCUGUGGGCGUGGUGGCCAACAUGGCGGUCAUGUGUGUGGUUUGGAACAACUACUACAUGAGGUCCGCCUGGAACUACCUGCUGGCCAGCAUAGCAUUCUGGGACUUCCUGGUCCUGGUGGUCUGCCUUCCAGUGGUGGUGUUCAACCACCUGUCCCACCGGAGGAUCCUGGGCGACAUCACCUGCCGCUUGGUGCCGUACAUGGAGAUAGCGUCUCUCGGUGUAACCUCCUUCACGCUGUGCGCCCUGGGGAUCGACCGUUUCCACUCUGCCACCUCCUCGCCCCAGCAGAAGGCCCGGCGGGUGGAGCGCUGCCGCUCCGUUCUGCUGAAGAUGCUGCUGGUUUGGCUCUCGGCUCUGCUGCUGUCCAGCCCAGAAAUCUUCCUGUGGCAGCUGAGCCAGGCAGUGUCUCCGUCCACCGGAAGGAUGGUGGACACCUGCACCAUCACCCCGUCCUCCCCACUGUCCCUGUACCUGCCCGACUCCCUCCACUCCCUGCUCCUCAGGUACCACCAGGGUCGCAUGUGGUGGUGUUUCGGCUGCUACUUCUGCCUCCCCGUCCUCUUCACCGUCCUCUGCCAGAUGGCGACUCGCAACGUCAACAGCGACUCCAGCUCUGCCCAGAAGCAGCGUAACCAUGACGACCGCGCCAACAGCCAGAAGCGCCAGCAGCACCAGGCGGUGGAGCGGCAGCUGAACUGCACCCUGCUGGCGCUAGCCGUGGUUUAUGGGAUCUGCGCUCUGCCAGAACAUGUCUGCAACAUCACCCUGGCCUACACGCAUAUCACCGUCUCUGAGGGCACGGCAGCCAUUCUGGUGCUGUUACAUCACUUCCUGUUGUUCCUAAAAUGCGCAGUGACGCCGGUGCUGCUGCUGUGUCUGUGUAAGGCUCUUGGUCAGGCCUUCAUGGACUGCUGCUGCUGCUGCUGUCAGGAGUGUCAGCCAACCACGGCCCAGGAUUCACCAGGCUCCGCCCAGGUCAAACUGAAGGCAGCCAAUGAGACUUCCAUCUUCUUUGACAAGGCUAAAGACACGACGGCCAUCUUGUCCAUCUCCAGCUAGAGCCACACGUUCCUCUUCAGUUGUCGCUCCAUGCAUCGUCUCCUGCUGGAUGUCCAGUCAUCUCUUAGAAAUAACUCCAGGUUUCCUUCCUUUCGUUUUUGUUAACUCCACACUUCUUUUGCUCUCUUCAUGAUCUAUCCAUCUUUUUCCAUCACCUUUCUUCUUCCUGUGCACACCUUUUCAGCCAGACCACUGUUUUGUUCGGGACACUGCAGCUUCCUGUCUGUACAGGAACUAAUGUUUAAUCAGUUAGAAAAGCUGCUGUUGAGACUUGUGUUGACAGCAGGAACCUGUUCCCAGGACUCUGAAGAGACUCUGGCAGAAGGAAAACCCGACCGCCUCUGUAGAUCCAAGCUGUGAAGUUAUUUUUUGUUCUUACUGAAAGUAAUUUAAGCUAAAUCAAAGCUGUAGUUUCUAUGAAUGUUUAGCUGAGAGAAACCUGAAGGUCUGCUGCUACGACCAGCUGGCUUCACAUCCCUGGUAAAAGUCUGGAUUACUGAAACUAAAAACUGAAACAUGAUAAAUCAUGUUUCAGUUCAUUAGUGUAAAAUUACAAGGUCAAAAAUUAACAGCAGGAAUUUGAGUAAUUUAGCUUGUUAUAGUUUCACUAUGUUGUUAAAGCUAAAUAUUGAAUUUACGAGCUAAAUAAUUAGACUCUAAGAUAAAUAUUUAGCUCACUAAAUAAGGUGUGUAAAAUAUUUAGCUUGGAACUAAAUAUUUAGCAUUAAAUAUUUUAUUUCCAAACAAACAUUUAGCUCAGCAAAUAAUGUUUGUAACAUAUUUUAUCUUGUCUACUUUGCUACUCAGUGGUGGUGGUUAUUGUGUCUUGUCUCUAUGCUGUAACUGCAAAAUAAUUUCCCUGCUGGGAUGAAUAAAGUCAUUCUAUUCUAUAUUUAAUUGAAAUAUUUAGCUUCCAGGCUAGUUUUAGUUAACUUGGAAACUAAAUAUUUAGCUAGCAACUUUUAAUAAUUAGUUUAGUUUUUAAACUAAAUAUUCAGAUCUAAACUAAAUACUUAACUCAGAGCUAAGUAUUUAACUAAUACUAAAUAAUUUACAUAGACCCAGUUGGCCCAGAUUUUCCAUUUCCUGGUGUUCAGAACCAGACUGGACCCAGCUGGUUGUGGUGUUCAGAACCAGACUGGACCCAGUGUUCAGAACCAGACUGGACCCAGCUGGUUGUGGUGUUCAGAACCAGACUGGACCCAGUGUUCAGAACCAGACUGGACCCAGCUGGUUGUGGUGUUCAGAACCAAUUGGUUCUGGUGCGCAGCAGCAGCCCAGCAGGCGGUUCCCUGAGCCUGUUGAAUGUGUGUACUGGUGUUUUACUGCAGGUGUUUCUGUAAAGGUUGUGCUGAUAAUGAAGCUACUAAUCUGAGCUAAAGAGACGAGAUGUUGAUGAAGAACAUGGAGGAAGACGAGGAAGACUCAGUGCCGUGAUGAUGGUCCGUUCAGGAGGCUAAAGUGUGUAGAUUAAAGUGUAUUAAUGUUCCUUAACCAGAAUGUCUAGAACAUGAAGGAACAGCAGAUUUAUGUUUUUCAGGAUAGAAGUACAACUAAUCCCGUGUUUGUUUGACAGAAAACAGGAUGCAGAUUUUAUGUGACAUGGAUGAUUGUGCCUUUGUAAUAUUCUGUGUUUUAAUGUUAAAUUUCUGAAAUUACAACAUGUUUGUCAGGA